CAACUUCAAGUUCACAUUGUCUUCGAUGGGCCAUUGUUUGCGCAUUAAACUCUUUCAAAGACUAGUUUUGAUUGUAACUUGAACUACAUGGCAAACGCAGACCAAUUUGGCAAAUAAUUUUGAAUACACAAAUUUCUAUACAAAUUUUUAAAAAGUCAUGUAGUUUUUACUGUUUUUAUAAAAAAAAAGAUAAAUAUUGGUCGAACUUCAAUUUUACAAACUCUGAGCCAAAAAAAUCACUGAUUAAUCUAAAUUGAAAUGUCCGUAUCGGUUCGCACCAAGGAUAAAAAGAACAAGAGGAAAAAUUUGGAUAUGGGCGCCAAGUCUCUUACGAAUCUGAACAACCUGCAAGAUGACUCACUGUCAGUUGUCGAUCAGCAGCCCGGCAACACCAUCACAGUAUUGUGUCUGUCAUUCUCAUUCAUAGAUCUUUCCAAUUUCCGCAAAGACGUGGAACAGGCCGCCAUUUGUCAGAUGUCCACUCCAUCUCCCCCCACGACUUCCAAGACCAGCAGAGUUUUCUUCGGCAAUGUCCAAAUGGAGAACAGUCCUCGAAUCAAUAUCAAAUUCAACACUGUAGACAACAUGGUUGACCACAUGCACGAAGUGAACUUUGAGUUCCACUGUGUUGUGUUCUUGGUGAACUUUCUUCACCCUUUCCUCAAAGCACAGCUGAUGAAGGCCAUCGAGACAUUCCUGGAUGGGGGAAUGUUCGAUCUUUCUAUACCAAUGUCACUUCUAUCCCUCCAUCCUGAACAAGACUGUAAUAACUUCCGAAAGAGAAUUAUCAGUGAUUUCGGGUUCGAAGAUGACAAUUUGUGUUAUUAUAAAUACGACAGAGAGACGUCAACGAAAACAUCUCCUUCAUUGAACAGCGGAGGGCGCAAAAACAGCAAACAACAUCAUCAGGUCAUCCAGCACAUGUUCGACUGUCUGCAGUCUAGAGUGAGUCAGAACAUGGACAUGAGCAACUGGCACCUUCUCAAAUACGACUGAAUAGCAACAACAGAGAAAAAAAACAAUCGAAUUACGAAAGAAAAUUGCAAUAAAAGUUGAGACUCAAAUUCUUUCACAUUUCUUAAUUUCAAAAUGAGAAAAAACUUUU